AUCAUCGCCCUAAAUAAAAGAAGGGGACCAAUGCCCAUGCGCGCUCUGCAGAGGACGUUGUUAUCCUCUUAUCCCCAUUCACAUAAACAUUCAUAAAUAUCCAUCGGUGGAUCUCUUCACACAUCCUGCAGGAGAAGAUGUCCGCCUCUGUCCUACUCACUGCCCUUUUUACCCUUCCUCUUGCUGUGGGUUGGGUCGUACUGGGUGAAAGAGAAGAAGUCCAGAAGGUGUGUGCCGGGAAGGAAUUUCAUCUGCCCGUGUACUCGACAUCCAGGAUGGUGACAUUUACACCAAACCCUGAGGGACCGAGGCGCAUCCUGCUGGACAGAACCAUUGUAAAGGACCCACGGUUCGAGUGGACCAGAGAUAAGAUGUUAGUCCUGAAAGAAGUGACUCAUGAUGAUCAGGGACUUUACGCCAUCAAACUGUCCUCUGGAUUCACCUACGAGACUGUUCGUUUGACUGUUUCAGAAUGCAUUAAGUCCUACCACAGAAACUACGGGGAUAACUUUGAGCACAGCAUCCCUGAAAAUGGCUCCCUACUGGAGUUUUCUCCCCAGGGUGCUCCACCUGAGGCCAUGCCAGUUGUGCUAUGGAAUCGGACGGACCCCGAGACCAGCGAUGCUGGCCGGGGGCGGCUGCUGCGGGGCGGGAAGGUCUGGGUGGCCGAGAGAGUGACGCAAGCAGACCAAGGCAACUACACUAUGAGAGACGGCAAGGGGAAAGUCGUGUCCCGCAGCACCCUCACAGUCCGCGGGCGCUCCUUCAAUGUCACCCGCUUCACCAAGGAGUCUCUAAACCUGCCCCUCUUUCUUCCCGUCCCUCGUGCUCACCUCAUUUUUACCCCCACCCGAUACCCUGACGAAUCCUCCCUGGGCCCUUUUGACCCCAAGCCCCCCCGUGGCCCUGUGCAGCUGAUCCGCGAGGGCCAUAUAAUGGACCAUGACAUGCGCUACAGGGGCCUCAUCUCUCUGGGCAGGAACGGCACCAUCAGUGAGGUUGUCAUAACGAGGCUGACCUCAAGGCAUGAUGGGGUGUAUGAAAUUAGAGAUGGGGAUGGAAACCUGGUAUCCUCCACCUUGUUGCAGGUGAUCGAAAAGGGAGGCAGAUGGCGAGGACUUCUCAAGUCCAUCACUGUCCCUUCUGGCAUGUUUGUGUCAUUGGCUGGUUUCAUCCUGUUCAUGAAGCGAUACCCGAACUGCAGCCUCUCGCAGAUCAUCACUGGGCUCAGAGCAAACCGCACGCCACCAGCCAACCCUCCGAGGGUCAACAUCCAGGACUACGGCCAGCCCAGCCCUCAGCCAUCAGGUCUCUACAGUCACUCUCAGCAGCCUGGAACACCAAGAAAAUGGACCCCAAGAGCCAGUCCUACUCAUACUGGUUACACUCCGGUUAUGGUAGGAACUCCGAGAACUCAGAACCAGGAAGCACACAGAAUGGCAGCUGGGAGCUCCCCUAGUCAUAAUUCAACUACUGAGCGGGACACAUCUAAUGAGGAAGAGAAAGGGAUUUCCUUUUCGGUGCCCGGGGCUUCAGACUGCCUCCACUCCUCUGGGGACUGUGUUCAAUUCCAGAUCAAGAAAGAAAAGUGGAGCAAAUCACAAGAAUACUUUUCCACACUGCCACUAGACACGGACACCUCUGAAUCCUGCAGUGUUUACACUUCGGAGAAACUGAACUUCUUAUAAAACUUUGAGAAUUGGAGCUAAAAAUAUUGGAAGAAGAAAUGUAAGGCAAGGAGAAACCCCAGUAUACGUUUCUCAGGUGGAUUGAAGCUGUUGUGGAAAAGAAAGACCUCACCUGUGCCUUUUGCCUAGUUUUAAUGGUUUGGUAUCAAUACUGCAUGCCAUUUUUUCAUGUCAUUUUUCUGAAGCAUGAGUUGAGCAUUAGCCUUCCUGUCUCAUAUUACAUAUUUCUUGAAACUGUUGAUGGUGCUCCUGAAAGCUCCUGCUGUUACCUACCUCCAGUCCCUCAGGACCAAUAUUAUCUGCACUGUAUUUGCCGAGUGUUGGUACGUGUAUGUUUGUGAUAGUAAUGUAAUCUCUAGGACUACAUAGAAAUUAGACUGGUGAUACGAAAGUUUGAAAAAGGGAAUUUUUAAGUACUGUACAGUAAUAGUGAGUUAGAUGACGUGUCCAUCCAUUAACCAUUCCUAACUGCAACAACAAUUAAUUAUGUCUGUCCUGCAGUUCAGUGGUUUUUGCAAUGAAAUAGUAUAUUUACCCUUGAGGUAAUUGUAGUAAUAGUUAUGUUAAAUGUAACAUGUUCCACCAAAUAUUGCAAUAGCCUAUUAAUCUGUAAACUUUGUGUACAGUAUAUCUUAUCACCAAAUCUUUCUAGUGACAAAAGAGGUUGGACUGCUGCUUCUGAUAUUUUUAGAUCAAAAUGUCAUCUCUCAAACAAUAAAAUGUAUCUUUAACACAUUUGA